AUGGAAAUAAACAAGUACGAAGCGGAACGUUGCAUUGAACUGGCUAAGGCCGCGCUGACCGCAGAAAAUCUGGCAAAGGCGGAACAGCUGCUCAAAAAGUCACAAACCCUGUAUCCGCUGCCGGAGGCGGAACUGUUGUUGAAACGCAUGAACCGGGAAGCAGCGUACAAGCCAUCGGAACCGAAGAAACGGAAAGCCUACGAUCUGAACCGCACGACCAACAACGGUUCCGGGCCGGGCCGUAAAAGGCCGAGGGCUGGCUUUACCUAUGGCCAGAACGAGUUCACCUUUCGGCCGGACUUUGAAUCGGAGGGGUACCCGAACGACUCGUUCAACAUAUUCUUCGGCGGAGGCUUCCCGCAGCCGCAACAGCAACAACGCAUCGAAAGAAAGCAUUACAAGAAGCUAGUAUUACAGGUGCACCCGGACAAAGCUAAAGCCCCUGGGUCGGCUGAAGCUUACAAAAUCGUGAACAAGGUAUUCGCAACACUGAGCGACGAUGAGCGGCGAGCAGACUACGAUAGUCGUGGAUCUUCCGAAGGUGGAAACCCACCGGUGGACCGUGCAAGACCUUCACCGGGUUCCUCGAAGUGA